CCAAAAGAUGUGUCUCUAUGAAGAAGUUACAAGUUGCAACGGUAGGUAAUAGAAUAAUAGAAUUUGCAGAAGGUUCAUCCAUGGCGGAAGAAAUUACAAGAGAGGAGCAGAAGCUUCCUCAACCUUCCGAUCCCCCGUUACCAUUUGAUCCCAGUCGAAUGGUUGGUAUCAUCAAAAGAAAAGCAUUGAUCAAAGACUUAGCUGCUUCAUAUCAUGCUGAAUGCCUUCAAUACUGUCAACAGCUUUUGGAACUUCAAACUAAAUGGGAAGAGCCAUUUAUUGACUUAAAACCUCCAGAGGAAUCAAAAAAGGAGCCAGCGCGACCCUCUAAACGCGUGAAAAAGUUGCGCUAACCGCUAGGUUUCAGGAUGGUUGCUCUGCGACUUAUAUCAUAUGUCAACAAUAUGUGCCAUCAGAUGCUUUUUGGUUGUUGUUGGUAUACCUGUUACCAUCAGAGCAUAUACAUAGUUAAUGUGAUUUUGUUGUUCAUUUGCAAAUGCUAGAAACAGCUUCGGACGAGGUUUCAUCCAUCAUCCUUGAUGGCUAUGUUGUAUAAAAUAACAUUUUCAUUCUUGCAUUCAGCUCAGCUUUAGUUGCAGAUAUGCUUGCUCUCAUUGAAAUUGACUUAUGAAAUCUGAUGAAUUUCAGAUUGUACUAUAUUAUGUGCAAUAUGUUUCUUCAGUUUCUCAUUAAAAAUUGAUGUAAGUUCUAAUUUA